AACUGUGUUUUAUUUAUAUUGACACAAGAAGUGUGUUUUAGUGCCUUAGUAUAUAUAACAUAGCAGCGUGUUAUAUUGAUUAAGGUUGAAUCAUGUCUCUAUGUAAAACUGUAUACACACUGUACUGUAUCUGUUGCUAAAUGUUUUUCAUUCAUACUUGACUCACUCAAGCUGAACUACCAUGGAGAUAACAGAAAAAUGUAGCUGAUUAUCUGUCCUACACAAAAAUUGUAAACAUUAUAGCUUGUAUUUCAUAGCCAAGUUAAAACAAAACAAGGAUUAUAUUUCAGUUUAUAGUUAAAAGAGUCAGUUAAUAAAAGUAGAGUUUUAAUGGAGUAAAUAGCUGUAGAGUACAGAAAGUCAUGUUAACCAAAGACGAGUCAUGAAAUGCAGAUAAAAAAUACCUUCAACCUUGCUGUAAUCCUAUUAUAAACAAGUGAGACAAAAUGAAAAAGUAGUUGGGAAGAGUUUCAUUACAAUGACAUUAGAGGUACAGACAAAAAGACUAUGAAGAUGAAAUCGAACAAUAUGUUUCGAGAUCAGGUGAACUCUGUAACAACAUGGUUUGGGAGUUGGAGCACUUGUGAACAGACUGUAGUUCUGUACUCACUACUCAAAUUGAUACCACCACGUCAUUGUCGGUUUUUAGUGCAGAUGUUACAGCAGAGAAUAACUGAUGACAAAGAUGUAGAAAUACAAGAAGAUGAAGCAAAUGAUCCAGGAUACAUUUGCAAUCUUCAACAAGAACCAAAGGAAAAGGCAAUUCAGGAACUACUGAUACACCUUCCAUUACUUCACUCGGGAAACGCUCAAGCCAAAAACGAGUACCUUAACCUUAUUCCCCAUAUCCUUUCUCAUUCCAUUGAAAAUGGCGUCUUUAUUGAAGAAAGUCGUCAACUAUUGUCUUAUUCUCUCAUACAUCCUGCCAUUACCUGUGAGGAAAGGUCAAAGUUCAACAUGUGGCUGGGCCACCUGGACGAACGGUUUAGUAAUAGUCAGUUUCAUUCACCUUCACAACAGACUCAAGGUCAACCUGAUGACAUUCAAGGUCAGGUGCCUUUUUCACAUCAGCCUGAGAGCGGGAACUCGUUACGGACAAAUGUGACUCUUACAAAGACAAAUUCUAUAGGAAAUGCACAAAUAAAUGGCUGGAAUAGCAGUGUAUUUCAGUCUAGUGAAUCACUAAAUUUAAAUGGCCUUGAUGGACAUGGUCAGACUGGAAGUCAUCUUAAUAUCCAUGGUAACGGAAGACAUCAAGCUGGUCAACACUUACAAACAAGUGUAAGCGGUAUAUCUGGUCAUAUGCCACUACAGGCCACCCUGUCUGCCCCACCUAACUUCAAUACCAUCAUGCCACCAACCUCACUUACAUCAGUUAGUCAACAAAACCAGGCCGUCCCAGCCCAGCCAGCAACUCAUCAUGCACCUUUACGACGAAUGCACUCAUGUGCCCCACCUAACAGCCUGCCUAUAAACAAUUCCUCUGUCUCAGAAUGGCUGAAAUCUAACGAUGCCCAUUUAAUGCACGGUCCUGGUAGACCAGGAUCUGUUUUGUCCGACCACGCACCACUGUCUCCACAGAGUAGUACAGCAUCAUCCGGUAGUGGUAGUGAUGAACAUAGGGAAGACGGUCCUCACCCGGUCAGAAAUACAUUCAUGGAGGAGGGCAGCGGCAUGAGAGAUGUUCCUCUUUGGUUGAAGAGCCUAAGAUUACACAAGUAUGCCUACCUGUUCCAGCAAAUGACAUAUGAGGAAAUGAUGAGUAUCAAUGAAGACUGGUUAACACAUCAGAAUGUAACCAAGGGUGCCAGAAACAAGAUUGUUCUCAGUAUUAAAAAACUUCAGGAACGACAAGAUGUACUCCGCAAUCUAGAACGGGAUAUAACAGAGGCUGGUUCUAUCAAGAGUUGUAUCACUGAGAUGAGGUUAAUGCUCAACACUCCACUUAAAGCGUUCCACAAGGUAGACACAGAUACCCCCGCUUCCCUCAACUCUCCGGGCUCCGCUGGUGAUGCUGACAAUACCAUACAGGAGGGAGAUAUUCCUGGCCAGUUCACUAGACUUAUGACUAAAGUGUUCACACAGUUAAUGUUGACAAGCCCCUAUGAUGAUGAGGGACUCAACAUGUACCUACAACUCAUUGAUAAAUGCAUUAAUCAUGAGGCUUUCUCACAGAAACAGAAGAGGUUAUUAGACUCAUUUAAACAACAGGCAAGGAAGAUCUGGCAACCAGCACCUGUUAAAUACAGUUAUGACAAAAAACCUAGACCAAAUUGGGGUAAUACAUUUCCUAUGGGUAAUACAUUUAAUAGUCGUCCUAUACAGAGAAUGGGUGUAAAAACUUCACCCAAACCGCCUGUACAGCAGCAGCAGCAGGGUGGUAUGCAGUGGAGUUUUGGAGCUAAGCGGUCUCUAGUAGGUGGUACAAACAGUACAGGGCAUUUACAGUUACAGAGAAACAACUCUCAUAAUACAGCUGUCUUCUCACGUCCAGGAAUUGUAGAGCAAACAAUAAAGCAACCAGUGACGCGUACACAGUCUGCCCCGUUACGUUCCCACGGUGCACUGUACGGUGGUAUACCUAUGACGGAGUCACAGGCAACAGACACCGAGAUCAAUGCAAGACUAGAUUCUCUCUGUAGAAGUGUCACAGAAUGUGCUUUGGCUGGAUCAGAUGGCAAUGAGCGGGGCUCGGCCUACUGACCAGCAAAAACUGUUGUUUUAUAUGAUAAAUCUUAUAAAUGAACACUAAAAGUGCUUUAUAUAUGAAUCAAUGAGUGAUAAAAUAUAUGCUGUAAAUAUUGCGAGGAGAAAUCCAACAUGUUUAAACAUUGUCUAACAAUGAGAUACAGAAACAGAUCCUGUGUUGAUGUGUGGAGGAGAAAAUCAAGUCUUCUUCAGCUGUUUACAAUAAAAUGUUCGUUCAAUGAAUUUUAGAAGUGAAAAUGUUAAUCUGUGAAACAGAGGUAACCUCGACAAAUUUUUCUGUAGAUUGUUUAUUAUCAGGAGUAUUGAAAUACAGUACUUACAGUACUAAUAAAAUGAAAUAGGGUAAUGUAAAAGUUAAAAUGAUUAUCUGGUAAUUAAACACCUUCUGAGAAGGACAUAAUUAUUUUUGAUAUGUUUCAUCAAUUAACUUUUCCUUUUCUUAUAAGAAAACUAAAGACAACUUGUUUAUAAAGUCAUUUUAGAAUAUGCAGUUGUUUUUCUGUGGCAAGAUUCAAUUUUUGUUGCCAGAUUUUUGAAUGGAGUAAGAUUCAUGUAUGAAUUUUUUAUGAACAGUAAUUUCUGGUAAGUUUAUAAAGAAUACAGGUUAAAACAUCAUCAACAUUAUGUAAAAUUACACUGACAUUUUCUAUGUCUUGUUUAUACUUAACACCACUAAUUGGUUAUAGUGCUACAAGUUUGUAUUUGUUUUUUAAUUAAAAUAUAAACUGGCGUGGUGAACAAACUUUUUGUAGAUUUACUCUAUGACAGUGCUCAAUACAUUUUGCCACAUUGUGUGUCUUUUUAAUUUUUUUUAAAUAAUUAAACUCUGCACUUGUGAUUUUUAUCUGUGUUUGAUUAGAAAGCUAUGAUGUGUAUUUUGUCAAUAUUUCACAGAUCACAAUGUUCCACUUUCAUUGAAAGUAUCAGUUUUUAAGGUGCUUUUAUGUUUCUAAAUCAGAAGUUAGCUCUGUAUAUUUCAAAGUGAAAAUAAAUUACAAUAAUGUGAUUAACUACUGAUAUGAUAUUGUCAAGGUGAUUGAUGUUUUCAGUAGAAUACUGUUCAAGGGAGUUAACAAACAUUUUAUAUAAUCUAUACCCGGAUCUAAAUAUUUAAAGGAAAGCUAAAUAAUCUGUGGCAAAUAUUAGAUGUUCCAAAAAGAAACUAAAAUUUUGUUUUUUAUUUUGUUGUAGCUUGGCAUUUUUGUAUAAAUAUUUAAGUGUUAAAUUUUUGUUGUUGAUUAUUCUAAACAAUCAGUUAAUCUGAUAAGAAUUUAAUUUUUCUUUUUAAAGGAGCUCCACUGCGGUCCAAUAUCCUAAACACAUGAACUUUAAAUUUCUUACAUUUAUCAACUGAGGCACUUGAAACAGAAAGAUUUGUGAAUGAUAAUUAAAACAUAUACUCAGAAUUAAAUCGCAGAUUGUAUUUUUGUGUUUUUCUUAGCCUGAUUUAAGUGAAAAGCGUUGCAAUGCUUUUCAGUUUUGGUUAAUUUCACAAUUAGAAAAAAUACAUUUGAAAAACAGAGAGAGUGAAAGAUCUGAAAUUUUGCACACAAGUUUUUGGUCUAGACCUACAUCAAAUGGAAUAUUAAUGUUGAAAAAUCAUUUCUGGUCCUGUCAUGUCAAAAAAAAAAAAAAAACCCAGUGGAGCCUGUUUAACGAAGGAGUGACUUUAACAUGACAUUCAAAACUUGUAAGUGUAGGUCUGGUGGUUAUAAUAUAUUUGAGUUUUGAUAAUGUAACAUAGGAAAAUGUUAGGGUAGACUUAUUUAUGUCAUAUAUGUGGUGACAAGAUGUUAAAUGUACCUAUUUAUUUUAAAAAAUCAUGAUGCAAUCUCAAUACAAAUCUAUUCAGAUGUUUUUUCUUCUUUAUUUUAACAUCAUAGUCUGGCACUUUUGAUAUCCUAAAAGAUUAAUGUAUGGUAAAUUAACAUUUAAUCAUGUGUCAUAUUCUGAAAGACUAGUACUUAAAUUCAAUAAAAAAUUGUCUUCUUACAAUAUUUUCAACAAGGCAAAAAAGUAUAAUCAUGGGUAAAACAAAACAAGUCAUAUUGCCUUGUUAAUUUGCUUUUGAAGUAAUUUCUUUGUUUGUAGGUUCUUUGAAAUAGAGAAAACUUUAUUGAUGUAAACUGAUAGGUAGAUAAUUAACUAAUGAAAACAUCUUGCUCAUCAUCAACUUUGAUAAUUAUAUAAAAUAAUACUUUACACCAAUCAGUAUGCAGUAAAAAAAUGAUUUGUUUAUAAUCAGGUCUCACCUUAUAGUGUUCAGUGUGGGAUAGAUUUAAGUUUGUCAACCAUUUUGUAACUAGUCUGUGUUCAUCUAAUCAGACUAUUCUUGGUUGUCAGCAAUCUAUUGGUAUAUAAGCUGAUAGGUAAAGCAAGAUAAAAAAACAACAACCUACCAACACUAUAACUGUAUACUCUAACUAUGAUAUUACAACAUUACUGAUCAUUAUUUUAUACUUAUCAAUGAAAUACAAGUAUUUGUUGGUGAGUUAUGAUAUAUAUCACAUCAAAUUGGUUCAACUUUCAUGUUUUUAUUGAUUCUCAAAGGCUAGAAGUUUGUGCGUAUACCUAAAUGUUCAUAUUUCAAUGAGAUAUAAUCCAAAUUUAUUGAAUACAAACAAAUAUCCUCUCUUUAUAAAAAAAAACAAUGAUUGCGUUACCAAUAUUUUUUUUGAUCUCAAAAAUUAAUUUAUACCUAUAAGGUGUAACAUGAUAUUCUUUUCUGUAUUAUUUGACUUUUAGUUUAGAAAAAAUCUUGAAUGCUUUCUAAGACAGGUUAUCUGCCAGUUUUCUUAUUUAAAGAUUUGCUAUAAAAUGGUUGUCUGUAAGUGCCUUAUCAUCUGUUGUAAUAAAUGGAAUACUUCAACAUUGUAUAUUCACAAACUUUUAUAGAUGUUAUAACAGGCUUGUACUAAUGUCCAAAAAAAUGACCCAGUUUAUUUAGUUCAAUCACGCAACUAACACUUAUUUUAACUAAACAGAAAUUAAGUUAUUUACAAGUUAUUAUGAUGAUGAUGAUGUAUUGGCUAGUGGCUAGAUAUCAAAAAUUAAGACAAUUAAAUUAUUUUUACCUUUUGCUUUUGAAUUCUGUUUUAUAAACUGUAAUUUCAGCAAAUUUUUGCUAAUAUAUAAAAGAUAAGUUUCUGUUAUAACAAAGUAUUAAGUUGAUAGCUGACAAGGGGCCGGUGUAAAGUCAAUGACAGGUUUGCUUAUUUUAAUUUUAGUUCAAUAUGAAAAAAAUAACUAAAGUUUUCAUGAUGGAUUUCCUUGCAGAUAUUAAAAAGUUAAAUACACAACACAAAUGUUGAGGUUUGAGAUUAAAAACAAUGAGCUUUAGGAACUACAAUUUAAUAAUUGUUUAAAGGGAAGCAACUUCAGCAAAUACAGUUUAACAAUAAUAAAAGGGAAACAUUUUUUAGGAAAUAUAGUUUAAAAAUUCAUAAAAGGGAAACAACUUUUGGAAAUACAGCUUAACAAUUCAUUUAAGGAAAAUAUUUUAAAGAAAUAUAGCUUAACAAUUAAUAAAAGGGAAGGAAAUUUAGUUUAACAAUUUAAAAAAGGGAGACAAAUGUAUUACUAAUUGCUGAGAGUAUGACAAAUUUUAAUGUUUUAGUGAACAAUUAAUUAUGUUAGAUAUAGAUAAAAAAAACAACUGUAUAGUGGUUAAUUUUUGUAAGUUAUCAUAAGGUGCCAUACUUACAACAUCAUCUUGUUUUAUAUGUUUGCUUUAACGUUCUUCACUUAUAUAAAAGUAUUAUUGAAAUCAGGUGCUUUCUAGUUUUUUUUAUACAUUUAGUUGCUAUAGUAAAUCAUCCCAUCAUUUACUUGAAUUCAGAUACCAUAUAUUGAUUAAGUUGCAGUGUUCUCAUUUAUUUUUUUUAUUAAGAUCUCUAGAUUAUUAAAGGACAAUAGAUUGUAUAUUUCUGUUAUUUUGUAGUGUUUAAUGUGCAUGGCAUGGUUUUACACUUGACUGCAUGACUCAUCAGAUUUGAAAUUUAAGAAAUUAAGAUUGACAAAAGAAUAUUUUUGUUUUGGCUGUAUAAGGUUAGAAAACUCUAAUAGAAAUACAGAAAUCAUAAACAUAUACAGGAUUACCUUAAUUGCUGAAGGUUGCCAUGGUUACACAACAAACAGUGAAAGAAUUGAUAAUUCAUGUAAGAAUUAUAUUAUAAAUGAUUAUAUUAUCCACCUUCACCUAGUAUCCCAAAGUUUGAUAUUUUUGUAUUUGUGUAAAUAUAUGAAUACUGCAGGUACAGUUGUUAAGGUAACUGUACAGUGUAUAUAUGUUUAUUACACAGUUGUUAAGGUAACUGUACAGUGUAUAUAUGUUUAUUACACAGUUGUUAAGGUAACUGUACAGUGUAUAUAUGUUUAUUACACAGUUUGUAUGCUUCCAUUUAUUUUAAUGUAUUAGCCUUUACCAUGCCUAGAGGGACACCUGAGGUCUUCCUCCAGUAAAGCUGGAAUGUCGCGAUACAACCUAUACUGUUUCGAUGUGACGGAAAACCCGAAACAAACAAAUUUACCAUGCCAGCUGUAUAAAUAAAUAUAGCCAUGUGAAUUGAACACAUCAAGAUCAAUCUGCGCAUCCCAGCCGUCUGUACAUGGUCUGAACUGGUGGCUAUUUAGUCAAUAUACAUUAUAAGAUUUACUCUAAAAAUAGUUAAAUGGUUUUGUCCAGAUUGAAAGAUGGGACAAAUCUGUUUUAAGAUAUUUGGUGUGGUAAGAGUUAUUACAGUAUACUGAUGUGAAUGUUUGUUAUUACUGACAGUAGUAUGUCAUACAUACUACAAUACAAUGUUUCAUGCUGUAGAUUUUAUUGUUCAUUCUUUAAUUUCUUUAAAACUUUUAUUUGUUUUUCCCAUAGUCAAAAGUAAAAGUACUAUCUCCACAUACACAUUUUAUGUAUGCUUUUUUUAUUUAGAUGCUUGUGUAUGCCAAAAUUUAAGCAAACAGUAAGUUCAUUUUGCUUUGAAUGCAGUAGACAGUAAUCAUGUGUAUAUGUAUAAAUUAUUGCAGUAUAAUAUAGCAGAAUCUUGCACAUCAUAUAAAAUAUCCUCAUCAUUAACCACAUCAUAUAUACAACAAGGAGGAAUACAUCAUUGUUUUUACAUCAUGGUCUCAGAGAGGCUGUAUUUAUUAUAUAAAUCAUGUGUUAACAUUUGCAAAAUUAUUAUUAUAUCUUAUUUAUUGGUUGGAUAUGUUCAUACCAAAGUGCAUACUAUUUAAUUUACAGUUUAAUUUUGUUUUCUUUUCUUUUUAUAUUCUUAAUUUGUAUGAUUAUUACAGUGUGAAAGUUGUGUGAUAUGUAUGUAUGUUUUGAAAGAAGUUCGUGAAAUUCAGAAUAAUGAUAAGUUGACCUUUAACUUUUCCUUGAAAUAAACACCAAAAAUACAGAUUUUAAUUUAAUUUUAAGAUGAGAAGUUCUUUAGUACUUGAAAUUUUAAACUUUUUCAUUUAAAGUAGAAGUAAUAAUGUGAAACUGUAAUAGGAAGAGAGGGUAUUUAAAGGAUAGGUAUUUUAGUGUCCUGGAGUCAUUGCCUUGACUUUGAUGUGAAAGGGUAGUUACUCUGUUGUUAGUGAAGCAAUGAUCCUGACAUUCUCUCCCCUUCUUAAUGUUUUAUAUACUAUAUGUGUACAGUUGUUAAUUUGUUCUCCUGUUAGAUCCUCCCAUUAUCCUCUCUUUGACAGGGAGAUUUCUUAAUGUCUAAGAUUCUGUUAUAUUGUAUUCUGUAGAUAGAAAUGUUUGUUGACAUGAUUUUCAACAUUAGUUAAUUACCACUAUGUAAGUUAGAUUAUAUCAAGGUGAUAUUUGCUACGUAUAUGUGUAAAGAAAAUAUAUAAGUAUUAUACUUACAGCAAAAACUAGCACGUACAUGUAGAUAAAAAAUAUUACCACAAAAACAAACUAUAUAUAGUCUAAUAUACUGAAGUUAUAUAAUGUAUGUUUGAAUGUUUAGUAUUGACAGUUGAUACAAGACUGUUACUUGAAAAUAAGUUAAGCAUUUUGUAUAUUAUGUUUCAAUUUGUGUGAUCUCCUUAUCAAGAUUUUAUUAAUCUUGAAAUUAUGUGAAGAAUGUCUUGAUUGUUCUUCAAAAGUUGAUAGAAAUGUGAAUUUUUAUUAAUUUCUAGUUCUUUUAUUCUCAAGUUUUUCAGUUCACAUUUUUAAAUAGUAUAUUGCUACUCACAUUUUCAAAGAUAAUUUUGUAUUUUUGUAAUGAAAGACAUUUGAUAAUGAAUACUCUGAGAGAGAACGCAUUGUUUCUGUUGGACAGAAAGUUGUAAGAAUUGAAGACUUGUGUUUGCAUACACAGGAAUUUUAGAUUUGUAUUCAAAUGUGUUUUCUCGUAAAGAAACUGCCUUCAGUAAAUGUAUGUAUGUAAGUUGGUUAAGCAGUGUUUUAUACCAGGGUAUUGUUGUAUAUACACAGAGUGACAGACGUAAAUUGUAUCCAACUUGUUGAACAGGUUUUUACAUUAACAUAAAAAUUAAGCAUGAUAGAAAAAUUUUUGUGUGACACAGCUCAUUUGAUAAUGUGUUUAAAGUAAAUACUGAUCAUUUUAUAGAAUGGAAGAAACACUACAUUGAUGUAUUGAAAGUUGAAGUAUAUGGGUAAGAAUAAAACCUAAAAUCAUGUAUAAAUGAAGGAUAUAUGAUUAUAGUUAAAGUGUCCUAAGGAUAGUUAGUGCUGGCCAUAGAUUUACAUGUAAAUUAAUAGUUGUUCACUUCAGAGAAGUGUUGAAAAGCUGAAUCUUAUUUUAUCAGUAUACUAAUUCUGUUAGCAGACUUAAAUAAUAAAGUUUUACACCAUUUAUCAACACAAAAUACCAUUAUGUGUGUUCUGUUUUCCUAAUUUUUGUAAUUAUACAUUAAUUUACUAUUGAAUGGUAAAACAUGGCUUGAUUUUAAACCUUUGUCUUGCUGCAAUAGUUAAGCAGGUACAUUUUAUCUAAUUUUAAAUGUUAAGUACAAAAUUGUUAAUUCUGUCUACAACUGCAGAAAAAAGGUGUUUAUAUUGGUCAGUAUUUAAUCUUGAAUGUAAAAAUGUUAUGUUAUAUUUCAAAUUUAAUUGUUGUUUAAAAGUUGAAUAUUCAGAUGUUUUCAUUACCUGUUCUCUUGUUUCAUUAUCUUACCUUGACCACAAGUUCUAGGAUGACCUAUAUUAAUAUGUAAAGGGGGAUUACUAUGACAACCAGUGCCAUCAGUCUUCACCAGUAUUGUUUAGGUAUUCCAUACUUGAGAUUUCAUUUGUGGCACCAAUGUUACAUUUGAACUGCAUUUUGCUCAUCUUUUUCUAGUUGGAUCAUUUUAUGGUGCUACAGGAAUAAACAAUGGAAAAUAUUUGUAUUCAUCCUCUCAUUAACCAAUUUUGAUUAAUCAUCCCAACAUUCUGGUUGUAGUUUUGGGAGGUUGUAAAUUAAUUUUGUUUGUCCGUUUAAGGUAUUGGACCCUCAGAGCUAAAAAAAUAUACUUAUAUAAUAGAUUGGACUGAUCAUAAAGGGCUAAAAUAGAGGUUUAAAAAACUUCAUUUUGAAAACCAAUGUAACACUAAAUCUGGUGAAUGAUGUUAGGCCAUCAUAGCUCUCUUGUGGUUUUUUUUUCAAAACGUUUAUCUAGUGAUGAUGAAAAAAAAAUGUAAAAAAAGUUUUGACAUAGAGUUACUAUAGUUACUGGUUGUGUUUUUUCUAAUAUUUAUGUUCGUUUGAUACUUUUUAUAAUAAUCAUGUUGUGUUUGAAAGUUUUUAAAGUUUUUCUGUGUUAAGAAUUUGUUACGAUACAAUUUUGAAGAUAUAAAAAAUGGCAGUUAAAAGAUUCCCUUGUAAUUUUAUUAUCUAGGUUCAGAUAUCAUAGCUUUAAUAGUUAAGAUUACAAAGUUUGUCACUUUACUUGUACAUCAGACUUUUAUAUUUCUUUGACAUAUACAUCUUACAUUAAUUUGAAAUUGAAUGUUUUCAUUAAUAAAGUGAUAGAAAUACAAAGCAUAGGAGUAAUAAAGUAUGUGAAGUUAUUUUUCUAUGAUUGUAAUCACAAGAUGACAAUUGGCUGUUAAUGUCACGAUUAGUCAUUAAAACAUGAACAUAUAACAACAUUAAAAUCAUGAUGAGAAUGUAUGAGAAGCACAGCUUUAUAGAUAUCUCACCAUUUUGUAUGAUUAAAUCCUCUCAUAGAGUAUGUGAACAUUUGUGGGAAUUGUUUUUCUCUUCUUUUUUUUUCAAAUAAAAUUUUAAAAAUUG